ACAAGAUUUUAUUAUCAAUAAAUAUUAUCAACAAAUCAUUUUGAAAAAAAAGUUAAAUCAAACUUCUCUUGUUUGUUUAAAUUGGACGCUAAAAAGUAAAUUGAAAAAUACGAGGACUGUUGUGUAAAAAAUAGGAAACCCAGGGUGAAUAUGUAAUUCAAGAAGGGCUCCGUGCCACUGCCAUCAGUUUUGCUUAUCAUGUUAUCUCCAACAUUUUGACCAUUUUGUACUCGUUUCUUGUAGCACAGAACUGAAAAUGGAGAUUGCCAAGCCAGUUAACAAUGGAGUUCGGCUUUUCAAAUGUAAUUUCCCUUCAACGCACCACCCUCUUGCACCAUCUUUUCAAGUGAUUUUGGUGGGCGCGGAUGAGAAUUUGAACCCUGUUUGCCCUAAAAUUCUGAAAAUGGUGAGGCAUCGUGGGAAUGCAAUUAAGGUAAAGAUUUCAUCUUAUCUUGCUUGUCCAUCAUCCCAUCUGCCCAAACUGCUUGUUGUCGAUGAUUAUGAGGGUGAGGGAGGGGGACACAGAUUUUGUUCGGAUGUAAGGACUAGAACUCAAGUGAAUGUCAUUUUGUUGUGAUUUGAUUAUCAAUAGAAUGUUGAGUUUGCCUCGAGUUUUGGAGGGUAACAAUAGAUUUUGUAGUCUUUUGUUAUGGUGCCAGAGUGCCUAGGCAACCAGGCCCUUCUUUUGGACUCUUACCCAUGUUCGGAGUAUUGUUAUUAUUCUCUAUUUACCUUUUCUAGUCCUUAUGAUUGUAGAACGUACAACUGGGGUAGUCCUCCCUUUCCCAAACCUCUUUUUGUCUUUCCCGAGAUUUGAACUUGAGCUGUCUCCUAGAAGAAAUAUUCUCUUUUUACAUUCUUUUAGUUAAGAUUGUAUGUUGAGAGAUUGGGUGUAGUCCAUACUAGAGUGUAUAAGGUGAAAUUUGAUUACUUGUAUAAUCUCUUUGAUCAUGGUAAAGUUCCUUGAUGGUUGCCAUGAAUGAGCGCUGGUCUAUUUACCAAAACGGUUAAAUUUCUUGUUUGUAAUAGGAGCUUAGAGAACUAAGAGAAGGAAGUGCAAGUUGGGGAUGCAUCAUGCAUGGUGAGCAGGGGAGCAUCCCAGAGUAGUUUAGUUUAAAGAAUACUUAUUCUUGUCAUUGCCUUUCGAUCUUACUUUAUUUGUCUUGCACCAGACUGGUGCAAUAAGGAGAAGAAGGGCAUAUUCAGGGACCGACACUUAUGUUCUACUUGAACCUGGUAAAGACGAGAAGUUUGUUUCCAAAGAAGAAUUGAAGGCCAAUUUGAAGAGCUGGCUUGAAAGUUGGCCGGGAAAGGCGCUUCCACCUGACCUUGCAAGAUUUGUAUCCAUCGAUGAUGCUGUAUCUUACCUGGUUAGUUCUGUUUGUGAACUUGAAAUAGAUGGUGAUGUUGGUUCAAUACAAUGGUAUGAGGUUAGACUGGAAUGAGUUGAGGGAGCAGGAAUGAGCCCUGAACCUUCAUUCUUCAAACAUUGUACCAUAUACCAAGCUUUCGGAUUUCUUAAGAUUACAACUUUGGUCAA